AUGCUUCUUGACUUCGCGAUCCAUACUCCUCUGGAAAGCCCCGAAGUAACUACCAAGCUCUACGCCUGUAAUCCAGAGCCAAUCAAUACCGAAAAUGACAACCAGUCCACGCCUAAGCACUGCCCGGCAACAAACACAACAGAGGCUGUGCUGCAACUCGCAUGGUCUGGUUCCUACAGCAAUGGAAGCCUCCCUGGCACUCUGGAUACUCUGGAGCAGGUUGGCAGCAAAAUCGAUCACGUGCAAGUGGCGGAAUCUCAGGCCAAAGAAUUCAUCAACCACCUGCGGAAAAUUGGGGUUCCAAAACGGACGGUGCUUCAGUAUUGUGGAACUGAUGAAUGCCACACCUUCGGAAUUGUUGCAGACACAACAGGCGACCUUGCCGCCGUGCAGGGGGUAGUCAGUGGUUGGGACAACGCACAAUGCACCACUGACUAUGAGAGUUGGGAUGAGUGGCCAUCCGCCCAGCUCAAUGUCUCAGAGAUUACGACGGCGCAAGAGACGAGCGGCUCUGUCCAUUUCCUUCGACAUCUUCUCCCACGAGCCACGUGUAAGUAUAUCAGAGUGAAAGCCGGGGACUCCUGCUCUUCACUGGCUAGAAUGUGCGGGAUUAGCGGCGAUAAGUUCAUGGAGUACAACAAGGCAUACAAGAACCUGUGUUCAACCUUAGCAGCCCGCCAAAUAGUCUGCUGUUCCAAAGGUGACCUACCCGAUCUCAGACCAAAGCCCGGGCCGGAUGGCUCUUGUGCAGCGUACAAUGUUGUUGGUCAAGAUACUUGUGCGAAGAUUGCUGCCGAAUACUCACUAAGCGUGAGCGAUCUGGAGGACUUCAACAAGGGCACAUGGGGCUGGGCAGGCUGCAAUAAUCUGAUGUUAGGAACUAAAAUGUGCCUGAGCAAAGGAUCACCGCCAUUGCCUGGCGAGAUUUCCAAUGCGGUCUGCGGUCCUCAAGUGCCUGGAACUAAAAGUCCUGGCAAAGAUCAAAAGCUGGCAGAUCUCAACCCUUGCAAACUGAACGCUUGCUGCAACAUUUGGGGCCAAUGUGACGUUACGGCUGAGUUUUGCACGAAGUCGGAUUCUAGCACGGGGGCUCCUGGUACAGCAGCACCGGGAACGAAUGGAUGCAUUUCAAAUUGCGGAACCGAUAUAUUGAACACCAAACCCCGUACUGGAUUCAACAUUGUCGCUUAUUUCGAAGCCUGGAACGAGAAUCGGCCUUGUAUGACGAUGAGUGUUGAACGCAUUGACACUACAAAAUACACCCAUAUCCACUUUGCAUUCGCAGGUAUUAUUCACGACUACCACGUCAAUGUCUCGGCAGUCCAGGACAAGUUUGAUAUAUUUGUAGGAGUCACAGACGCCAAUCGCCAAGUCUUCGCAGACAAUGUUGUCAAUUUCAUCCAGGAGCACAACCUGGAUGGUGUUGACUUUGACUGGGAAUAUCCCGGCGCCCCGGACAUUCCUGGCAUUCCUCCUGGCGAUAAGAAUGACGGCGCCAACUAUGUCAAAUUUAUCAAGAUAGUCCGCAAGGCUUUGCCUACAGGCAAAACUCUGUCAAUCGCAGCUCCUGCAUCCUACUGGUAUCUCCUAGGUUUCCACCCCAUCGAAGACUUUGAGCCCCUUCUAGACUACAUGAUUUUCAUGACUUACGACUUGCAUGGGCAAUGGGACUACGGCAACAAGUGGGCAUCUUCAGGCUGCCCCAACGGAGAUUGUUUGCGAAGCCACGUCAACUACACCGAGACCCUCACGGCCAUGAGCAUGAUCACGAAAGCGGGCAUGCCCACGAACAAACUGGUCAUGGGCGUUACUCGCUACGGCCGCUCGUUCAAAAUGACCAAACCUGGAUGUACUGGCCCGAUGUGCACAUUUGUGGGUCCGGAGUCAGCCGCGGCAAAGGGCCGCUGCACCGGAACUGCUGGGUACAUUGCAGAUGCAGAAAUGAGUGAGAUCAUCCAGGAAAACCCGACAGCUAAGAAGUGGUUUGACGACGAGUCGCGGUCCGAUAUUCUCGUCUACAACGAGACGGAGAGUGACUGGGCCGUGGAUUUGCAGUCUAUGUACUCUGUACCUAAUGCCGGCCCGUUCCCAACAUGCGACGGGAAGUAUGAGACCAUCGACGCCAUUUUGAAGGAGAUCAGCAGGAUUCCGGUAUAUUGCGUGAACCCAUACGCAAUAGCAAUCCUGAGUGAGGAAUUCAAGUCCUCGUUGGAGAAGUAUCACGGCCUUAUGAGAGAUGGAUACAACAAGAAGUUUGAUACGUACGCGAAUUAUACGAAAAAUGCGAUCUUUUACCAAAUCGAUGAUUACAUGACCAGCCGAGCAAACGACAAUUGGACCUGCAAAAACCAAUCCUAUGUGCAUUGCUGCCCUGACUGUGGUUCCGGCGGAUGUCCUGAUGGCUGUGAUAACUCUUGCGGCAAAGGCGAGUCCGGCAAUCGAAACGAGACGGUGUCAUGCCCAAACAAGGUCCCCGAGAUCACACUGGGCAACAAGGCUGAUACUAUCUACUGGACCCUCAAUGAUAAGGACGGAUUCGAAAGACUUAUCGCUGAUACGUAUGGCAUCGAUCCGCAAUGGCUUGAGUAUGGAAAUCGUCGAGUCAGCCCGGGCGUGGGAUGCGGCACGGGCGAAGACCUGAGUUGCGGAAAGUGGUGGAUUGGGUAUCCCCGGAGAAAACAUGAUAUCACUAUUCCCAAUCCGAAAGACAUCAUCAGAUCGGCAUUGACCAAUCUUACGGACUUUGAGAAGAUGCUGUCGUCGGCCGCAACAGACGCCAUGGCGAUGCUCUAUACGGGAGAAACCAGCGAUGUGCUCACGGCCUCGGAGCUCCCGGUCUACAUGACAGAGUUCGCUAUCAAGUCGAUGGAAAAAGUCGUGGAUGCAGCAAAAAGGGUCGAGCGCGACGAACAGAAGCAGGCUAUUCUUGGCUUCGUCAUGGCCUUUCUGCUGCUCGUCCCGGCCCUCGGCGAGGCCGCCGGUUCCUUCGGUCUCACGACAGUGGGUCGCAUUCUUAUGAUGACUGGUGCAGCAGGAGAUGCCGCGUUGGGUGUGUAUGGGGUCGUGGAAGACCCCAAGAGUGCAGUUAUUUCCCUUUUCACUGCCCUCAUCGACCUCAAGGGCGAGGCGGGCUUUGAGAAAGCCGCAGGGAUCAGGCGUGGCAUGUCCUCGAAGGAAAGCGCAGCCUUGGGCUCUUUAUUCCAAGAAAAGAGUAAAAGUCUGCAAGCAGUUCAGCGGGACUGUAUUUGA